UGCAAACUUUUUUGUAUUUAUCCUUUUGUUUUUUCACUUUCAGUCCUUGGCUUGGCUCUUCUCUCUUUUCUACAACUUUCUCUAGGAACUGAGCUUUCUCUCUCUUCAUCCGUUUCUUCUCUUUAGCAAGCAAAAAGAGAAAAAAAAGAAUACCAUUUUUCUUGUUGUUUAUUAGGAAAAAGUUUGCUUUCCUUUUUUUGGUCUACGGGGGCUUACUGCUUCAGCUCUCUCUCAUAAAGCCGUCCCUGAGAUCUACUUGUACGCCACUAUAAUAUGAUUUGAGAGAUUAUUGGAAGUUGAAAUCUGAGGAGAGAGAGAGAGCGAGAGAAGAGGGGGGGACAGAGUGGAGCUUACAGAGACGAAGGUAAAACGAAACGGCUCAUCAUCUUCUAAUCUCUCAAACCCUACUCAUUCAAGUUUAUCCACCAUUUUCUUCUUCCGUCACUGUUGUAGUACGGAUUGUAUUAUGAUUUCCCCGGUGGGUCAUUGGUUUAAUUCGAGAAAGUUUGGCAAUUUGAGCUUUGGAAAGUCGCACAAAUAGAGGAGGAGCUCUUCUCUUUCUGCUUUUUUUCCCCUUCUUCUUGUGAUGGAUUGCUUCUGAUAAAUGAUAAAUCCCAGCUAUGGCUGUCUUGUCUAAUUCCUUGUGGUUUAUGGGUAGGGUUUAUCUCUCUGGUAGUUGUUUUCUUUUGGUCAAUUUUGUGUCGUCUGAAUCUGCUUUCUUGGUUCUUAAUUGGUGAGAUCUGAGAUGGUUUUGACAUUCUGGCUGCUUUGUUUUGUUGGUCAAUAGGGUUUCUUUCUUAUGCUUAGCUGUUGGAUUUUAUGGCUGCUUGGUUUGGGAAUCGUUUUUUUUAUCUUUUCCUGAUUUGUUGGAGUUGAUGAAAGGCGCCUUUCAAAGUGAGCUGAUUGUUUUACGAGUGUUAUACAACUUUUUUCUGUUGAGUCAGUUGGUUUUUCUUCUUCUUCGUAUAAUCAAUGUGAAUAGAACUUAACUGUAGAAUGCCGUGAUCUUGUGUUUGUAUACGGUGGUCUUUCAACUAGUUCUUUCGUUUCUCCGGUGACUCUUACAUUGCACUUUGCUGUGGACUAGUUUGAAGUCAAAGCUCAUUUCUACUGUCCGCCAUUACCUGAUCCCCUUAUGAGAUUAGCUACUUAUUUCUUAUAUUGUUGAUUCACAUCCUGUACUGAGUGAUCUUAAGAUCUCUGGUGUAUAAUCAAUAUUAUGAUCCACAUCUGUUGGUGCUUUGAUUUUUCUGGAAACAUCUUCUUUGCUGUCAUGUGAAGGUUACUUAUUUCUUUAUGUUUUUCUUACUGCAUCAGGAAUAGAUGUUAAAGGGUUGAAAAUUUCCUCCUUAUCAGUGCCAGAAUUUCUCUCAAGUUGGAUUGCAACUUUUUGUCAUGAUCUGGAGAUGAACAGAAGAUUUCAUUCGACAUCUUGCUGUGGGAGCAUUCAAGUUAUUCUAAAUAAAACCUUUCGCCUUGUGUCGGAUGAUCACAGCUAGUGAAAAGAGUUGCUUGAUGACAUCAUCCUACAAAUAUCAGAUGAGGCGAUCUCAUCAGGGUUUUUUUUGGCCUAGUUCAGCUGCAAACAUGCUAUUGCCUCCUGUAUAUGUGUGUAUAUCAAGUAUUUGAAGACAGUGAAGUAGUGCUUGGGGUGCACUCUGUAAAGUGCGUUCACCUGGUUAAGUCACAGAAGAUUGUUUUUUGAAUGAUUAGAUCGCAAGUGGAGCUUUUCCUUUGACGUGCUAGCGUAAUACUAUAGCCGUGAGUUGCAUUAGUGGCAGAGCUGUUCAAUAUAAUGGAAAGACAGUCGGGGAGUGCUAACCACCUACCAGCUGUUCUUCGGCGAUUACUUCCUGCUGUUGGACCUGGGCUUUUAAUUUCAGUAGCAUAUGUUGACCCUGGGAAGUGGGCAGCCACCGUGGAAGGGGGUUCCCGUUUUGGAGUUGAUCUAGUCCUGCCAAUGUUCAUUUUUAAUUUGGCAGGAAUAUUGUGCCAGUAUCUAUCAGCUAAAGUGGGUAUUAUUACUGGUAGAGAUCUUGCCCAGAUUUGCAGUGAGGAGUAUAACAAAUUCACAUGCAUGUUCCUAGGAGUUCAAACAGCAAUUUCAGUGGCGGCAUUGGACCUCAGCAUGAUACUUGGCAUUGCUCAUGGGCUUAAUCUUCUUCUUGGGGUGGACUUGCCAACUUGUAUCUUCUUAACUGCUGUUGAUGCUGUGUUGUUUCCAUUUUUUGCUGCCUUUCUGGAGAAAUACAAGGGAUAUUUCCCAUCCAUAUUUGUGGCAGGGUUUGUGUUGCUCUUCUAUUUUCUUGGGGUCCUCAUUAGUCAACCAGAGGUUUCUCUUUCAAUGAAUGGGAUGCCGAUGAAGUUAAGUGAGGAAAGUGCAUUCGCUCUGAUGAGUCUUCUUGGAGCAAGCAUUAUGCCUCACAACUUCUAUAUGCAUUCUUCCAUCGUUCUGCAUCAUCAGAAAUCUCCAAAUGUUUCCAAAAGUGCCUCAUGCUAUGACAAUUUUUUCGCAAUCUUAUGCAUCUUCAGUGGCAUUUUUCUGGUGAACUAUGUGCUUAUGAAUUCAGCUGCGAACGUGUUCCACAGUACUGGCCUUGUUUUGGUUACCUUUCCGGAUGCAAUGUCACUCAUGGAACAGGUGUUUCGCAAUCCAGUGGCACCUCUGUUCUUUGUAGUAAUUUUAUACCUUUCAAAUCAAAUCUCAGCAUUAACUUGGAACAUUGGUGGACAAGUAGUUCUGAAUGAUUUCCUCAGCCUCGAUAUACCUAACUGGUUACAGCGAGCUACUACUAGAAUUCUUGCCAUUGUCCCGGCCCUUUAUUGUGUAUGGACUUCUGGAGUUGAAGGGGCAUACCAAUUGCUCAUAUUUUCUCAGGUUAUAGUAGCCCUGCUGCUACCAGCUUCUGUCAUACCACUAUUCCGAAUUGUUUCAUCAAGGGCAAUAAUGGGGGCACACAAAAUCUCUCAAAUUCUUGAGUUCUUGGCAAUUGUUGCAUUCAUGGGGAUGCUAGGAUUGAAGAUCAUAUUUGUGGUGGAAAUGAUUUUCGGGGAUAGUGACUGGAUUGGUAAUUUGAGAUGGAACAUGGGUAGCAGUUCUUCUCUUCCUUAUGUUGUACUUCUCGCAACUUCUUUUUCAUCAUUCUGUUUGAUGCUUUGGCUAGCAGCAACACCUUUGAAAUCUGCAACAACUCAGGUAGAGGCUGCUCAAGCAUUGAGCUGGGAUGCCAAGCAGACUGUGCAGGAGCCAUCGAUGCGUAUUAGAGAUGAAAAGUAUCUGGGUGGUAGUAGGUAUGGAGAAGGCCACGUUCAUAGACAGGAAGCUGCUGCACCAACCCCAGUGAAGUCCUUUGUGGGCUACUCAGACAGAAGUGUCUUAAAUCCUGAUCCCCAUCUGCCUGAAACUAUUAUGGAGUCUCAUGAGGAUUUUCAUUUGACACCUAUUGAAGAGAAUCAGCCUGAUAUGAAUUUUCCUUGCCCUCUGAAACUGAAUCAGGAAUCAGCACCUUCAAUAGAAUUGACAUCAGUGUCCAAGGCAGCAGCUAAUGUAGUUGUUGCUGCUGAUCUUGAUUAUUUACCUGAGUCAAAGAUGAAGGUUGUUGAAUCACUUGAACCAGUUGAGAAGACUGUGAGUGUGGAAGGUGAUUUCCUCGGAGAAAAAGAGGAUGACGAGGGAGAUACCUGGGGGGAACCUGAAGAUUCAUCAUCCAAAGGUGUUCCUGGGAGCAUCUCAUCUUUGACCUCUGAUGGUCCAGCUUCUUUCAGAAGUCUCAGUGGAAAAUCUGAUGACGGUGGGAAUGGUGCUGGAAGUCUUUCGAGACUGGCAGGGUUGGGCAGAGCUGCUAGGCGUCAAUUAGCUACGGUUCUUGAUGAAUUCUGGGGGCAGUUGUAUGAUUUCCAUGGUCAAGCAACACAGGAUGCCAAGAAUAGAAGGAUUGAUCUGCUACUUGCUGCUGAUUCUUCAAAGAUUUCAUCAUUUUCCUUCCUGAAAGUCGACCCUCCCCUUGGAAAAGAAUACAGUAGUGGGUAUAAUCCAUCAGCAUUGGCCAGUGGUAGAGGAUCACCGGAUUCUUUCAUGAAUUCAAGUUUCUGUGAUUCUCCCAGGCAGCAGCAGCAGCAGCAGCUUAUGAUGCAGCAGAACACUCUUGAAUGUUCUUCAUAUGCUGGUGGGGCUCAAAGAGUAUCUUCCUCCUCAUUAUGGCCCAACCGCAGUCAGCUGCUGGAUUCAUAUGUACCAGCACCACCUAACUCAGGUGUGGUGGACCCUUCUGAAAGACGAUAUUCUAGUAUGCGGUCGCUACCACCGUCUUCUGAUGGCUGGGACAACCAGCCAGCUACCAUACAUGGUUAUCAGAUUGCUUCCAUUGCGAACCGGAUUGCCAAGGAGAGGAGUGCUAAUGGCUUGAAUGGUAGAAUGGAAUCUCUGUCUCCAAUUUCUUCAUCCAUGAGCAGCAUGCGGAACUACAGGGAUCCACAUGCAGCAAUUGCCUUGGGUCAGAGAUUACAGAAUGGAUUAAGCUCUCCACAACAGGCAACAGCAGGAUAUCAGAACCUUGCCUCAUCCAGAAACAACUCGUUACAGUCUGAAAGACAAUACUAUGAUGUUGUUGGCUCUCCUGUUUCUGUUGUUGACAAUGCAGGAGGACCAACGGGUACUAGUACAAAGAAGUACCACAGUUUGCCCGACAUUUCAGGAAUUGCUGCCCCUUACAGGGAGCUAUAUCUAUCCGGGAAGAGUAAUGCUCAGUGGGACAAGAAUUCUGCUGGUGGUUUUGGCUCCUCCUUAGGGGGGAGAACGAGUUAUGACCCUUCUUUUUAUGGAGAUGCUUUCUCCUUUCCCACCACCACUGCACCAAGUACAGGAGGAUCUCUUUGGUCAAAACAGCCGUUUGAGCAGUUUGGUGUGGGGGAUAAAAGCCGUGCAGUAGGUGUGGGUAGUGCCUUAGGAGGAGGAAGCAACAGGCCUAACUCAACUACCCAUCGUGAAGCUAGUAGCUCCAUAGUGGAUGCUGAAGCUCAACUUCUUCGGUCCUUCAGAUGCUGCAUUGUAAAGCUGCUGAAAUUAGAAGGCUCUGAUUGGUUGUUUAGGCAAAACGAUGGUGCUGACGAGGACUUGAUUGACCGUGUGGCAGCACGGGAGAGGUGUUUGUACGAAGCUGAAGCAAGAGAGAUGGGGCAGCAUGGGGUGGUCCACCACCUGGGCAUUGAGUCUCAAAGCAGUAGUGAUAAGAAGCAGCAAGGUGGUGGUUCUGGGCAGAAGAAUGACGAGGUCAAUAGCAUCGCCAACAUCUUGGUUUCCUCAGUUCCUCACUGUGGAGAAGGCUGUGUGUGGAAGGUUGAUCUGAUUGUGAGCUUUGGGGUUUGGUGCAUUCACCGGGUUCUUGAUCUAUCGCUCAUGGAAAGCCGGCCUGAGCUUUGGGGGAAAUACACUUAUGUGCUCAAUCGCCUUCAGGGGGUUGUGGAGCCAGCAUUCAUGAGACCGCGAACUCCCAUGCAGCCAUGCUUCUGCCUGCAACUCUCAGCAGCGCACCAGCAGAGACUGUCGUCGCCUCAACCAGUAGCAUCAAAUGGGAUGCUGCCUCCUACGGCGAAGCCAGGUAGAGGUGGGAAAUGCACGACAGCAGCCAUGGUGUUGGACUUGAUCAAGGAUGUGGAGAUCGCCAUUUCAUGCAGGAAGGGUCGAUCAGGGACAGCUGCAGGGGAUGUGGCUUUCCCCAAGGGUAAAGAGAACCUGGCAUCCGUCCUGAAACGGUACAAGCGGCGGCUGUCCAACAAGCCCGUUGGGAAGUGAAAGAGCAAGUAAGAUGGAUGAUGCAAUAUGUUAAAAUUUGGUGGUGGGGUUAGUUAACUGAAGAGAUUGCUGAUUAAGCGAAGAAUGUGAAUCAUCGAGGGGGCAUUUUCUGUUACUGGUUUUCUCUCUGAUCUCUCACUUGUAACAAAAGGGGGGAGAAAAUAUGUUGAAAGAGCAGGGAAACGUUGGGUGGGUGCUGCCUUCUGUUGCUUGCCUUGCCCCCUGUAUGUUGCAUAUACAUAGGAUUUUUACCAACAGACGACCGCUUAACGCUACUUGUUCUACUUCUACAUCUACUUCUGCUUGGGGAUGGAUAAUGAAUGUAAAAUAGCAGGCAGCGGCAGGAAAACAAAGUUAUGAAAAGAUCUGGGUGCAAGCCAAACAAAUCAUUUCCCAGUUUCUGUUGCUUUUGGCGAUUUCCCAAUAUCUUAAUAGUAGGUUGGUGAAGCUGCGAAACAUAUGUAUACUGUUAGCCAGGUGAGUUUCGCUACUGGGUUUCGGAUGUAUUUGCACAGUGAAAACAAAGAAAAAGUUUGAUAUUUUUGUUGUUCAAGUUCUUCCCCAAAAUGACAUUUUUUGUUUUGAUAUCUUUAUUAUUUUGGAACCACAGCCCCACAUGCCACUUUGUGAUAGCAGGGCCUACUAUAUUUAGGGGCUAUAUGCAUUCAAUUUAUCGUCAAUGGAGCUUCUUCCCGAAUCCCGAGCAUCCUCAUACCUACGGGAGCAUUAACAAACUUUGCUUGGAUCGAAAAUGAGAUAUGCAACUCCCAAAUCUUCACUGUCACGGUAAUUUGUCGUUAGCCUAUCUUACCUUUGGUGCCAUUAAUUUUUUUUUUAAUUAUAUAAGUGAUCACUCUUUUUACAUUUUAAUCUCACAAUUCGUCACUCAUGAAGUCUCGUCAACUAGUAUAAAUCAAUUGAAACAUAACGUAUCUAUAUAAACCAGUCGUUUAUUCUUGUGACUGACCAAAACCAAAUUGGGAUGAGAUUCCAACGAGAGCGUCGUGGAAAGGACGCACGUGUAGUGGCGUGGCGUCGAUGUGGGAUCAACGAACGAAAUGCUGCCGCGCGCGCGCGCGUCUACUCUAUCUUCCUGCCACAACAAUCCCCAUCCUUACAUUAAAAAGUAAUUUAAUAAGCGUCUGCAUAAACUACUACUAUUAUUAUUAUUAUUAAUAAGAUAGUUAUCCUUUUCCCUUGCCGUACAUCCAAAUUCCUAGACCAGAUCCGCACAUCGUGGCUGUGCCGGUGGUUGUGCUGGUGCUAGCAGCUGGUGGUUACCCCCCGCCGUUUUGCCGUCCAACCGCCGCUUCUCUCGUCGGUGGUCGCCGUUUGAUUCUUCGAAAUUUUUCUGAAUGACCUUUGGAUUAGGUGAGUCUGCGUAUAACUUCUCUCUGUGAUCCUUUUAACUAUAGUUGUGGCUUUCAAUUCAAUCAAUUAUUAGCCUAGUCUGUCUAGCCAUAAGUUUACAGCUCAAAUUGAUUAUCUACAAACGCAUCUCUUUUCUCCUUCAAACAAAUCCAUCCACCUCUCUCUCUCUCUCUCUCUCUCUCUCUGGUCUCGGUUUCUGAGAUUUUCAUUAAAUGGGCUCGACGGCGGCCCAUUAUUCUGACGAGGGAUGGGCCGUGUUGGUAUACUGCAGGUUUUUGUAUGCUAAGCAAAGGGCCCAGUUGAAAGUCUGAUUAGGAGAAAAUGGGUUACGUGUUGGUGAUAUCGGUGCCAAUGGUACUGUUCAUAUUAAUAGUGGGGGUGGCGUGUUACCUUUUCGGAAGGUCAAGAGGCCGAUCCCAAGCUGCUUCUCUUCCUCAAACCUACGGAGUUCCAACUCCGCCUCCAUUGCCCAAACCUUGAAUCAAAGCUCCUCCUAUUCAAACACCACCAAGUUCGUCAAGAAAUUUACUUCACUGCCACGGAGGAGGAAAAGUGUUACAAGUUGAGAUCUCAGGGAAUUUUCUCUUUUAUCUUGUUCUUUCUUGUAUAUGUCUCUUGUCGCAAAAGCUACAUUUGAUCCAACUCUAGCUCUAGAUACUUUUGAAUCAUUUAACAUUGUGAUUUGUUUGUUGAAUGCGGUAGGCGUAAAUAUAUAUGUGCAACCGACGUGUGCUUAAUUGUUAGAAUUGUGAGUAGAUAUUAUGAUGUGUGCAUGACACGAACAAAUUUUUUAAUAAUAACUACUCAUGACCAAUCAUCUAAUGUUCAAACAAAGAUACAACAAAAAUCAAUAGGAUGAGGUUCCCUGUGCUUAGUGGUUUUUGAGAUAUAGCAUACAAUAAAGCUAAGAUACUCAAAUAACAUAAGCAUCACAUGACUAAGACAUCCAAUGGUUAAGCAUUACGUGACUAAGGCAUCCAAUGGUAUGGUAGCGAAUCAUGAGUAGUUAUAUACAGAGUGAAAAUUAUACUGGUUAUAGUGUUAUAUGCUGGAAACUUUUGUAGAAGUGAAUGAUGAUUUACCUUGAAGUCGUAGUCUCGCGAUUCUUGAAACCCUAGCCUUGUUUCUAAACUUGGAACCCCUAGCUUGAUGAUUUAAGUUGCGAUAUUUCACAUCUCAAAAAGUAAAUUGAGAUGUGAAAUUACUCAAAAUGAAUAUUUUUAUCACACUAUUUGUUAAAAGCAUAGUUUAAAGUAUAUAAAUAAAUAUGCUAUAUAACA